UAUGACAAAGAUAAUCUUGUGAAAUCAGGCUUACAGAAACUAGUAACUAAAAGUAAUAGUGCUUCCUUGCUAGAAAUCACACCUGAGGUCUCUGGUGAAAAUGAGCCUCUGUAGUUAGCUGGAAGCAGUGUGUUGUUUCUGGGAAAUGACGCUCGUGCCCCCACGCCAAGUGACGGCGAAGGCUUUCACCUCAGUCAUCACGGGGUUGUGUGUGACCGUUGCUCGACAAAGAUUGACAAUGGCCUGUCCCUGCCAAAAUACAGAGCCAGUACAGAAGCAUCUGAAAACAGCUCCACAGUGUGGGAUGUCAGCAUUGGAGACAGGGAAAGCUCAGAAGCCACCACUUCAGAUGGACAACAGUGUCUUUCUAGACAACGACAAUAAUCAGCCAAUUCCAGUGAGUCGAUUCUUUGGAAAUGUUGAACUCACCUAGGACCUUCCCAGUCUUCAUCUUGUCCUUCAAUGAACAGAUGAAAGUUCAGAAAAAUGCAUUUCAGAGCCAAAGAUGUUAAUGACUGA